AUGGCGUUUUUUAUGAGACGCCCAUUUGCCGUACCAUCGGCGCUGGGCCAAAUUCCGAAAGCCACAAACACCGCUCGAUUCAUCCACAACUCGUCCUCCAGGCCUCUGUCCAAGCCCGUCUCGUCCGUCUUCGCAAAGUCUCGCCAGACAUUUCAUAAUGCCUUUAAGCGCACCUACAUGCAGCCUUCUGCCAGCCCUGUCCAGGGCAACAUGACUCAACGGCUUUUGUACGGUGCAGCUAUUGUUGGUGGAACUGUUAUGGCGACAAACUUUAUCUUCAACCGGGAAACUCGUGAGGAUGGCGGCAUGCCGGCUUAUGAACGCAGCUACUUGAACGAAACGUUCAUGCACACUGGUCUUGGUGUUGGGAUUAUCGGUAUUGCCGCUCGGGCUCUGCACAUGAACGGCUGGUCUUAUCGUCUGAUGGCCACGAACCCUUGGGCUGUUGUCGGUCUCGGUCUCGUUGCUAGCAUGGGUACUAUGUUCGGAACUUUUUACACUCCUCCUGAGAACUACGUGAUGAAGUAUGGUCUCUGGACUGGUUUCAACAUCACUCAGGCCGCUCUCCUCUCGCCCUUGAUGUUCAUGCAUCCCGCCCUCCUCGCUCGCGCUGGUCUCUACACUGUCGGAAUGAUGGGUUCGCUGGCCUUCGUCGGCGCCACCGCCAAGCAGGAGAAGUACCUGUACCUCGGUGGACCUCUGCUCGCUGGUGUCACCAUCGUUGCUCUCUCCGGUCUUGCCCCGCUCGCCCUCCCCGCCACCGCCACUCGCGCUCUUGCCUGGUCUGACAAGAUCUGGCUGUACGGUGGCCUCGCUGUCUUCGGUGGUUUCACCCUGUACGACGUCCAGAAGGUUUUGGCCCAUGCCCGCAUGUCGCAGAGAGGUCUGAUGAAGCGUGACGUUGUCAACGAAAGCGUUAGCCUCGAACUGGACUUUAUCAACAUCUUCGUUCGUAUGGUUCAAAUCCUUGGCAUGCGUAACAACAACCGGAAAUGA